AUGGAUUUUGUUUUUCUUACUUUAGCAAAUCAGCAAUCAGGGUUUCUGGAGGAUGGUAAAGCUGAUUUAAGAGGAAAAUAUAAAGAAUAUGGGGAUGGUUAUGGCCAUGGGCCACCGCCGUCGGCUUCAGAUGUCUAUACCGGAGCUGCAGCCGAGUCGGCAGCAUCAUUAGGCUAUUUUAGUAUGGGCGCAUAUCCACCUGUUGGUCCACCACCAUUAAGUAUGUUGGCCACAGAUCCGCAGAAUGAGCAGCUGAAACGUGACAAGGAUGCUAUCUACAAUCAUCCAUUAUUUCCUCUACUGUCGUGUAUAUUUGAAAAAUGUGAACUUGCAACCUGUACACCUCGUGAUCAAAAUCGCGAUGGCAACACAUCAUCAGCAAAUGAUGUCUGCUCAUCGGCAACAUUUAAGGACGAUCUUGCUGAAUAUGUUAGGAUGGCAAAAGAUAAGCAGUAUUAUGUACCAAAUCCGGAAUUGGAUACUUUAAUGUUACAAGCCAUCCAAGUGUUACGAUUUCAUUUAUUGGAGCUCGAAAAGGUUCAUGAAUUAUGUGAUAAUUUUUGCCAUCGGUAUGUAACCUGUUUGAAAGGUAAGAUGCCAAUGGAUAUUGUUGGCGAUGAACGGGCGAGCAGUUCACAGCCACCGGUAUCUCCAAGUACCACAGCUACUUCAACUAGCCCUUCUAUGGGUACACCAAUGAGUUCUCAAUACCAGCCACCUUAUGAGCCGCAGUCAGUACCGCUACCUGAAAAUACCAGCAAUCUUCCAGCAGGUCAUGAGCAUUAA